AUGCUGCGACGGUCUGCGCAUGCCCCCUCCUGGGGAGUGGCGCGGUCUUGCGUCGCGAUAACAUCCCGAUAUGGAAUUCAACUAUCUUAUAUCAGAACCUCUUCCCUGACACCGAUUUUUACAUCGCGGCUUUACACAACAGUGCAUAGUGAACGGAAGGGUAUAAAGUCGCUCUCCGUACACUCUACCGCAAGAUUCAACGAAAUCGGCGUACAACAGCUCAGUGACUAUGUACACUCUCAAAUAUUCUUGAAUAAGCCGAACCCGCCGGACGAAAAGCUUGUCGCCUUAUCAAAGGAUCACCUAUCUCGCCAUGACUUACUGGGAAAAUCACAGGAGGCUGCGAAGCCUAUCGCAUUCGACUUUCCGCCAUUAGUCGGACAGACACUGGAUGAACACUUUCACAAACUGGCCAUGGAUGCGUCGGAGCCGUACUUAAGCAUUGCCAAAUCUUACUCAACAAUAAAUGUCCCACAGAUGCCACGAAAAUGGGCAAGAAGAUGCGGAUGGACGAAAUAUAACAGUGAUGGCUCGUGGGAAGCGGUUGAUGCGCCGGACGAAUCUGCCUUGACUUUUGAUACCGAAGUUUUGUAUAAAGAAAGCCCAUUCGCUGUUAUGGCGUGUGCAGUGAGCCCAACUGCUUGGUAUGCUUGGAUUUCACCGUGGUUACUCGGUGAAUCAGAGAAUGAUCGCCAUUUGGUGCCUCUGGGUGAUAUGUCAAAGCCGAGGGUUAUUAUCGGGCACAACAUUGGAUACGAUCGGGCUCGGGUACAGGAAGAAUACAACAUUAAACAGUCGCGCAAUUUCUUUGUGGAUACCAUGUCUCUUCAUGUGGCUGUGAAUGGAAUGUGUUCUCAGCAACGACCAACUUGGAUGCGACACAAGAAGAACAGAGAUUUGAGAGAUAAGGUUGCGAAUGAUAAUAACGCCGUCGAGUUAUCGGCGUUGCUCGAGAGCAAAAUGCUCAGUGAAGAGGAAGAGGAGUUAUGGGUCGGGAGAAGCUCGGUCAACUCGCUACGCGAUGUCGCUAAAUUUCAUUGCGAUGUGACGAUUGACAAAUCGCAGAGAGACUACUUUGGAGAAUUGGACAAGGAUGGAAUAUUGAGCCGACUAGACGAGCUUUUGGACUACUGUGCUGCUGAUGUUGCAAUCACCCACCGGGUUUACAAGAAAGUCUUUCCCAAUUUUCUCGAGGUCUGCCCUCAUCCUGUCAGCUUUGGAGCCUUGCGCCAUCUGUCGUCAGUCAUCCUACCCGUAAACGAAACCUGGGAGCAAUACCUUCAAAAUGCCGAGAAUACAUAUCACAAACGACUUGAUGACGUCCAAAAACGGUUACUGGAGCUUUGCGAAGAAGCCCUGAAGAUCAAAGACGACCCUACCCAGUACGAGAGCGAUCCCUGGCUACGUCAGUUAGACUGGUCUGGCCAAGAAAUAAAAAUGGUCAAGGGUAGAAAGAAAGGGGAUCCCCCUCGCCCAGCGGCGAGACAGAAAAAACCCGGCAUGCCAAAGUGGUAUAAAGAUCUCUUUCCGACUAGUAAUGCCGACAUAAAUCUCACGGUCAGAACCCGCAUUGCGCCAAUUCUUUUGAAGUUAUCAUGGGAUAGCCAUCCACUUAUAUGGUCCGAUAAAUAUGGUUGGACCUUCAGAGUCUCGUUGAACGAGGCGCACAACUAUCAAAAUCAACCGGUCACUCAAUGCGAUAUGAAUGAAGAAACCAACGCAGAGCUUCGGGAUGACAGAAAACAUGUUUACUAUAAGCUACCGCAUAAGGAUGGACCGCAGGCUCGGUGCAUCAAUCCUUUGGCUAAAGGCUAUCUCACAUAUUUCGAGCGCGGUACGCUAUCAUCAAAGUUCGCUCUUGCCAAAGAGGCAUUGGAAAUGAACGCCUCCUGUUCGUAUUGGAUCAGUGCUCGCGAUAGAAUUAUGAGUCAACUGGUUGUUUAUGAAGAUGAGUUGAAACGUCAAAAGAAGGCUGCAAAAAAGCAACUUGGUUUUAUCUUGCCACAAGUCAUCCCAAUGGGCACCAUUACUCGUCGUGCCGUGGAAAACACAUGGCUUACUGCCAGCAAUGCUAAAGCCAAUCGCGUGGGAUCUGAACUCAAAGCAAUGAUCAAGGCCCCGCCAGGAUAUGUAUUUGUCGGUGCCGAUGUUGACUCUCAGGAGUUGUGGAUUGCCAGUUUGGUCGGUGAUGCGCAAUUCCAGCUCCAUGGAGGCAAUGCUAUUGGAUUCAUGACGCUGGAAGGCUCCAAAGCAGCCGGAACCGAUUUGCAUUCGCGCACUGCGUCUAUCCUUGGCAUUUCUAGAAAUGAUGCCAAAGUCUUUAAUUAUGGGCGUAUCUACGGUGCUGGGUUGAAGUUUGCUUCCACUUUACUUCGUCAGUUCAAUCCCACGCUGACUGAAAAGGAGACGAGUCAAAUUGCGUCUAAGCUGUACAAGGAGACUAAAGGCACUCGUACGACACGCAAGAUUCUGAAUGACGGACCUUUCUGGCGUGGCGGUACUGAGUCGUUUGUCUUUAACAAGUUGGAAGAAUUUGCUGAGCAGGAACGGCCACGAACUCCAGCAUUGGGAGCGGGCAUUACCGAAGCCCUCAUGCGUCGAUUUAUUAACAAGGGUAGCUUUAUGACAUCCCGCAUUAACUGGGCUAUUCAGUCUUCAGGUGUUGAUUAUUUGCAUCUUUUGAUUACGGCCAUGGACUUUCUUAUUCGACGCUUCAACAUCGAUGCCAGGCUGGCUAUUACCGUGCACGACGAGAUUCGUUACCUGGUUAAAGAAGAAGACAAAUACCGUUCAGCCAUGGCUUUACAAAUCGCCAACGUCUGGACCCGUGCAAUGUUCUCACAGCAAGUUGGCAUUGACGAUCUUCCUCAAUCAUGUGCAUUUUUCUCGGCAGUCGAUAUCGACCAUGUUCUCCGAAAAGAAGUCAACAUGGACUGCGUGACUCCGUCUCAUCCUACUAAAAUCCCGCACGGGGAAAGUCUUGAUAUUCAUCAGCUAAUGGAAAAAGGGGAGAGCGCAUACCUCGACCCUUCAAUAAAACCCAUCACACCGCCUACACCCGAAAAUUAUUCAUACACACCUAGAAAAUCAGUCAUGUCAGCUCUCCAGACUUCCAAUGACAUUGUGUUUAUCCGCGCUCAAAUUACCAAUGAUGACAAGGAGCUACGAGACAUCAUCAAGGAGAAAUCGACGACCAUAGCAAAAUCCAGAGUAUCGACCGGCCAACGGACAACCUCCUCCGCACCAAAACCUGCAAGUGAACCACAGCGAGCCUUGCUCAUGGAAGACUGGAACAAUUACGGUCACCAACAGUAUCCUCAUGCUUCGAAACAGAAUGCAUUCCCAUUCUCCAAAUAUCCAUUCAAGCAACGUCCAACUGCUCGCGCAUGA